UCUGUGAUCAAUAGCUCUGUAGGAGGCUCAGUCGGCGAAUAGCAGCAGCAGGUUUGUGGUCCACCGGCAGAUCCCAGACGAGAGACUCGCGAACCUGCAUCUGGCGACAACCCAGCCAAGGCACACAUCACCUGCUCACCUGCUCACCUGUCCACCCGCUGCACGCAGCUCGCAGCCUACAGCCCACAGCGCAGCGCAUCUAACCACCACAACAGAUAAUCGCAUGCCAUGUGUGCGUAGCAGGUCGUGUAGACAGAGCUGAAUCCCGCCACAGCUGUCCAUGGCCUUUGCAAUAAAUACAGCCAUCAUUCCUUUACUCUUAUACUUUGCUCAAAUAUGCUGGUGCAAUCAACCUACUUCUUCCGGAAAAAUAAACUACCGAGAAAAGGAGAAACAAGUGCUGGAUCAAAUUCUCGGUCCCAGCAGCUACGAUGCUCGAAUCCGACCGUCAGGAGUCAACCAGACAGCAGGCAAACACACUAUUGUUCGUGUCAACAUUUUUCUGCGUUCCAUCAGCAAAAUUGACGAUUACAAAAUGGAAUACAGUGUACAGCUGACAUUCAGAGAACAAUGGUUAGACGAAAGACUUAAAUUCAAUGAUUUUGGAGGUAAAAUCAAAUACUUAACACUGACUGAGGCCAACAGAGUCUGGAUGCCAGAUCUGUUUUUCUCCAAUGAGAAAGAAGGCCAUUUCCACAAUAUUAUCAUGCCGAAUGUAUACAUCCGCAUCUUCCCGUAUGGAUCCGUCCUAUACAGUAUUCGAAUAUCUUUGACUCUAUCGUGUCCCAUGAAUCUCAAACUCUAUCCACUUGAUCGACAAGUCUGCUCACUAAGAAUGGCCAGCUAUGGUUGGACGACAGAUGACUUGGUAUUCUUAUGGAAAGAAGGCGAUCCGGUGCAGGUCGUCAAGAAUCUGCAUCUUCCAAGAUUCACUCUUGAAAAGUUUUUAACCGACUACUGCAACAGCAAAACAAACACAGGUGAGUACAGUUGCCUGAAAGUGGACCUGCUGUUCAAGCGCGAGUUCAGCUACUACCUGAUCCAGAUCUACAUUCCGUGCUGCAUGCUGGUCAUCGUGUCGUGGGUCUCGUUCUGGUUGGACCAGAGUGCCGUGCCUGCGCGUGUCUCCCUCGGCGUCACCACCCUCCUCACCAUGGCCACGCAGACUUCCGGCAUCAACGCAUCCCUCCCGCCUGUCUCUUACACUAAGGCGAUUGACGUGUGGACAGGCGUGUGCCUGACGUUUGUGUUUGGCGCGCUGCUGGAGUUUGCACUGGUGAACUACGCGUCACGCUCGGACAUGCACCGUGACAACAUGCAGAAGCAGCGUCGUCAAUGUGAGCUCGAACACGCAGCCUCCCUGGAGGCCGCUGCAGACCUCCUGCAGGACGGUGGAGCCAACUUCCCCAUGAGUGAUGAGGUGCUGUUCCAGAAGCCGCUGGUGCGGUCAGGCGACCAGACGCUGGACAAGAUGCGUCAAUGCAAGGUGCACAUGCAGCAGCCUCAGCGACCCAACUGCUGUCGCACCUGGCUGUCCAAGUUCCCUACUCGCUCAAAACGCAUCGACGUCAUAUCGCGCAUCACCUUUCCGCUCGUCUUCGCCCUCUUCAACCUCACCUACUGGUCCACCUACCUCUUCCGCGACGAGAGCGACGGCGACUAAGCGACUCGCGACUAGCGUCGGCGACUAAGCGGCUCGCAUCAAGCGGCUAGCGACAUCACGCCUCCAAUCUAGUCAACAUACACCACCACAUAAACACACACAAACACGUCGUCUUUCGUUGUAGAAUCAGUCUCAUGUGAUCAAAUUCAUAUUAAAAUGUUAUCGUUUAUUAAUUAUCUUCAACUUUAACUUCUUGAUUGACUUUAUUUAAACUUCACUUCGAAACAAAUAUGAAAAUGGUUUAUGGUUUAUUUUCAUUAACCUUUAACUUUAUUUUUAACUUAAUUUAUUGAUCCAAUAUAAUAUAAAAUUCACAAACAUAAUUGGGGAGAACAACAUUCACAACUCAGAACAGUUAAGUUGGGCCAACUGAGGUGAAAUCUUUGACCAGUGGGAAUAAAAAUUGCAAUUUACCUAAAAGAAAAUUUGUAAGCAUAUAGGGCGAUAGGGUGAAUGAAUACCGGUAUGCAAGGAUAAUCGAGUGCCUACUGUAUGUAGAAGAAAAGGAAGAAUACAAAACUUGUAGACAUAUAAAUCUGUAGGCCUACCCUGCCAAUAAAAUGAAUAAGUAUUUGGAUUAUGCUUCCAAUAUAAUAGAUGCUUUGAAUAUGUUAUUCACAAGAAAAGCAAGAAAACUGAGGGAAACAUUCUUGUUUUCAAAUUAAAUUGACUAAAUUGACUAAAUUGGCUGUAUAAAAUAACAAGCACCUAGCCUAUUUCAAGAAAAAGAACAUUGGCAAUCAUUGGAAACUAUCAUGCUGAUCUACUGAUAUCACAAUAAUUUAGGUAGGCUACAUUUUUCAACUUUGAUGAUAAUCCUUGGUGAUUGAAAUGCUAUAACUUAUUACCGAGAAGAUUAUCCAGCAUAAAAUAUCAACUUUUUUUAAGAAGUGACUGAUAAAAACUGGAACCAAUAAUAAAAAUAAAUAGUAAACUUGGAUUGAAAUAAAAUCAUGUAGAAAGCUUUUGAAUUACAAUUUAAAUUUGGAGUCUUUGCUCGUCUAAUAAAAUAAUUCCAGUCAAUAUAGUAUAAAUAUAAUGCUCAUACCGGAAAAAAAUGUUUCAACAUCCAGGCCUAUAAAUGUAAAAAGAUUUUUCUUCUGGAUCUCCAUAAAUUAAUAGUGUUGAUUUAUUUUCAUAUAUUAUGUGACUCUGAGAAAUCAUAACCAAGGGAAUUUUUUGAGUUUUGUAUGAGACUGUUCUACAACAAAAGAUCAAUUCUCUCCUGGUUUGUAGCAUUAUCAAAAUAUCAAACGACACCCAUUGUAAACAAGUCUUCCUUUUCAACCGGCAAAUAUUUCAAGUAUUAGUGAUACAAACUUGUGCAUGGCUAAUACUUUAAUCAGACUUAUGACGCAACAAUUAAUCUUCAUUGUGUAUUAUUUUAUUGUGAUUAUUACGCAAAUCAUUUUUUAAAUAUUUCAUUUUGUGAAAUCGUUGAUCUAUCCUUAUAGCUGAGCUACGAUUGUGGCAAAUAUUAUUAAUCACAUUUUUUAUGUUGAAACUUAUUUUAGAGUUACUACUCUUAUUAGCAUGCUACAAACUGGGGAAGAUAUUCAAGGUAUCAGAGACUUUUAGAUCGUUUUCGACGUGAUUGGAACUUUUGAAGAUGAGUUUAAAAACUGAGAUUUAUACAUCAUCCAAAUUAUAUCAUUACAUGUUCGGUAUCAGUACAUGCAUAUAUAUAUACACUCUCAUCACACAACACUAAAAAUUCUUUUUAUAAUAAUAUUGUAUACUGCAACUGUGCAAACUAUCAUAAUAUUAUAUUAUAGUCUAUCACAUCUGUAGCAAAGUCUCUCCCAUUGGUUUUGAAUACCGUACCUAUUAUUCAAAAUACACCAUUCACUGGAGCUAUGAAAUUAUUUCUGACAAAAUUCUCUUUAUGUGAACCUUUCAUUUAUAUGACUACAAGUUUUCAUCCACAAAGCUUUGAAUACGUAUAAUACUCGUUGCCCUUAUAUUCAAGUAUGGGAAACAUUUUAAUUGAAGAAUCUUUUAUUCAAGGAAGUCGAUGAACUAUAAAGAUGUCCUGCUGUGCCUCUCAUGAAGUAAUUUUGGACAAAAUUGAAUAGAUAGGUUCAUCUAUAAUAUACAAUAAGGCCUGACAACACCUUACAAAAUAUUGAAAUCUAUACAAAAUAUAGGUCAUAUUUUAUUUAUUGAAACAUAAUAUUCUCAUUUAAUUAUGAAACUGGGAUUAUUUUCUCUACGAGGGUUUCCAGUGCCUUGGUAUAAUAUUAUAUUCUCCAUCUUAUUGCAUUAUCUUACUGAUACAAGCUAACAUACUUCAUAUAAGUAUUCAAGCUGAGAAAAUAAUAAAUAUAUAUCCAGUAAUUUCACUUUAAGUUCGACCAUCAACAGUAAUUUUUCUAGUGAGAUCAUCACUCUAUCCAUAGAUGCAUAAUAAGAGGUGGCUGAAAAGUUUACUUCUUCUGCUCCUAUUGACUAUUGCUUUGGAAUGAGUAGAGACCUAAAACAUACAACAACGCUAAUAUCCUGCAGUUUCUUAUCAAAAAAGUAAUCAUCUAUUAGCCAGCCAAAGGCCCAAUUCACACUGAAGUGACAUGGUGGUGGCUUUUACAACUACCAUAUAAGCAUAUGGCUCAGUGUAAACAGGAGCGGCGUGGUGAAACGCCGGCCACUCCAGUUUGCAUUUGACGUUAUUAUGUUUUGAUAGGAGUGACGUGGAAGUGGCAAAAAGUCAGUCCCACGCCAGCGCCACGUCACCGCCACGUCACUUCACUUUGGACCAGGCCUAAGAUUUGAGAAGUAGUUUUCGGGAAUUCGCAACAGUUAUAAUUAUUAUAAGUCCUGGGUAUUUUAAAAGCACAUUUAUUGAAGUCAUCCGUUAUAUUUGAAAAUUUCUCACAAGCUUAGUCUUCUCAAGUCCUUUAAUAGAGACUGAGCGAUUGUGAUAAAGUUGUUGAAAUGUUAAAGUAGUUGGUUCAUCACAUUUCUGAAACCACAUUCCUACCAUUUCCCAGAAUAAAUUCUUUUUCUCAAUCAAAGAUAUAAAAUUGAACUCAUGAAAGUUACCAUAAAGCUGCCUCAUAUAAAGAGACUUCUUCUUCUACAAAAUAAUAUAUUAUUUAUUGGUAAUAUUGAUGGGAGAGACUCCAAUUGUGUGAAUCGACAGAUGUUUUAUUGAACUCCUGAAAGACAAAAACAGAUCAUGUAAUAUUGCAUAAAAUGCAAUAAGGCUCAAACUAUGUAUAUUGAAUGUUAUUACGUUUUGUACAAUUAAGACGUAGAAAUUAUAGAGUAUAAUAAUAUAGUAUAACGUGUAGUUUUAUUUCUAGACAUCAUACUUAUUACAAAAAUAUAUAAUAUAUAGUUACUGGAGAAGAAUCAUGGGGAAAUGUAUAUAACUCUGAAACCCCAUAGAAUAAAAAUGAUUUUCCAAGAAAAUUCCUUCGGAAUGAAAAUAGUCUACUCUCAAUACUUCCAAAAUUGCUUCAUUUCAAAAAUACAAAUUAAAAUUAUUUUUAUGAAUAAUUUGUGAUGAGAAUGUUCAAAAAUACAGUUAUGUCAUAACAUAAAUGACAAUGUCAUUAAUCUAUCAAUGAAUUGAAAAUAUAAUUCAAGUAAUUGAAACUUGAUAAGUAAUAUAUUAGCAUUGCGUGAAAUCAAUAUUGUAAUUCGUCGCAUUCAAUAUUCGUAAUAUCUCAAUAUUCUUCUCAAUAUUUGUGUGUUCACAAGAACAAAUACUGAAUGUUGAUGAUGAUAAUUUGUGUCCAUAGGUGUCAUAAUCAUUAUGUUGUUGUGAAGUAUCAAUGUUGUUGUUCUUAAUAUGUUGCUGGAUGUUCCUGGAUGUAUACCCUACCGUAACGGUCAAGUUGAUUUAUACUUGUAUUAAUAUGUCAAUCAUGUUGUGAUGUAAAACUUCUCUGUUGUAGAAAUCGUCAAGAAAUUUAGAGGUUUCUAUAAAAAUGUAGUGUAAAAAUGUUGUGAGGUAAUUAUAGCUGCUUAAGUGUUAAAAAACAACCCUUCUACAAUUUACAUUUUUCUCAGUUAUUCUUAUUUGUGAAUCAACGUAAUUUGCUCACUGCUUAUCCAGCUUGCUAGGGUUGGCAAUCUGUGUAUUAUCGCUAUUCAUUCUACGUUUCCAAUAAUCUUGAAGUAAGAAAGUAAUCAACUCAAAAUAUAAAAUUUGUUGAACUACCUUUUUCGAAUAUAAAAAAUAAACCAGGAAUCUGAAAUUUCAAAGAAAGGUAAAAUGAACUAUCUCGUCUACUUUGGUAAUUCAUAGUUUAUCAUUCUAUUAAACAUUACAAAAUAUAUUAUGUAAUUUAUUGUUACAAUAACUCCACAUUUUGUGAAUAUCCAAAAAUCUUGAUCUUCUUUCUUAUUAAUUUAUUCAUAAAACUCAACAAUUUAUUUUACGAUUAUCAAUUCAAGUUAGUAGCAAUUUUUGUAAUACCGGUAAUUAUUAUUAUCCACAGUGAUUUACCUUUAUUUGCAUAAUCCAGUGAUGAACGUCAUCGUCUCAAAAUAAUAAAUAGUGAGGAUUGAGCAUAAUAAAUAAAAAUGUUUUUAUAUGUGAAUCUAUAAGAAAAAUUAUUGAUAAAAACGUACUAUGAAUUACAGAGUAGAAGUAGCAAUAAAAAAGUAGAUAGUCUAUAAUGGUCACCAGGGUUAUAAUGUAAUUAUAUUCUAUUGAAUUUUUCCACGUUAUCGUAUAAUUGAAGCUUCUCUUAAAGUUUAAGAGAUUUUGUCAAGAAAAAUGAAAAAAAUUGAGUCAAGGUACAAUAAUUUCUCAAAUAGGUAACCCAUUAACACCUAUGACAUAAAAUUCAUGAGAACCACUUAAGCAUUUGUUACUUUUCCUUUACAGCUGUAUUUCCAUAGUAAUACGUUUAUCAUCCUCAUAAAACAAAACUGAAUUCGCAGUCACUCCAUUCAAAUAUCAUUUCAAUCUAUAGCGGUAUUAUUAGCUAAAAAUUUGUAUAUGAUGAAACUCAAUCUAAUCAACAGAAGUUGGAAUUCAAUCAAAGAACAAUAUGCUAAUCAUUGCCAGAUCAAAUUCAUCCCAUAAACAUUAUACAUGGAAUUUUCACUGUAAUAAUUUCCUCCAUACCAUAACCCCGUCCUAUGACAAUUGAGAAUGCAACUUGAGACAAUCCUUAUAGCCCAUGCCUGAAAAUUCAUUCAAACCACCUUUUAUCAACACAACCGUCAAACUAAAUUUUAUAAUUUCAUCUUUAUUUCUAUUUAGGCUACCGGUACGUACGGUAUAAAAGGUUUGGCUGUUGAAAAUGUCAUAUCUAUGUAGAUUUUGUUGUUGAUUGAGGUUGAAAAAUUAUUUUCCUGAUUACUUCUUUGAAUCUUUUAAAAAUUGUCUGUAACUUAUAUAAAUUAAAAAAGCAAGGUGUACGGUGAUGGUAAUAAAAUGACUCAACGUCAUAUCAGCUGGAGAUCCAUUCAAUAGUAAGGUGACAUGGUGUCACAAAUUGAGUCAACCUGAUUAAUAUUACAGAAUAUAGAUAUCCAACAUCAUUGUAGCUGCUACUUUAUUCCAGAUAUCAAAUCUGGGUAGGCCUACUGUGAUUAUGAUAGAAACACAGAAAAAUAGUAUUCUUUUCAUGAAUUGUUUUAAAACUCCUUGUUGUUUUAAGAAUGACUAUACCUAUAAUUUUGAAGACAAUUGGAAUGUGAUUCAUUUUGUUUUAAAUGUGUUUUGAAUGUGAAUUGGGCUAUCUAAUAAAGCGUUAUAUCAAGAAGCAAUAUAAUGUCAGAAUUAUAUUUCCGUUCUUGAUCUACCAUGUUUUUAUUAAUAACAUGAAUACACUAGGCUUGAAAAAUAUUGAUUUUGAAAACCACUGAGUUAUAGGUCUCCACAGAUUCAAGUGAUGAGUAUGAUGAAAGCUCCUUUAAACGUAUCAAGUUGGUCACCAGUUGCUCUAUUUGCUUCAGUUAAUCACUUCAUCUCAUUCCUCUCUAAUCGCUCUCACUCUCACAAGUUCGCUCUCACUUCAAUUGAAGGCACCCUUUCAUCUCAUCUUGCACAACUCUCAGAAAUGUAUUCGACUUCUCAGUCGAAUGAAGCUUCAAGAUUCAGAUACUCUUGAAAAUUAUUAAUUAUUCCUAUUGUGUGAUGACAUUGUGUUAUUUAGAAAUACAUUUUUUAAUGAAAUAAAAGAAUAUAAUUAAAAAUAAUUAUCAAUAUAAAGACACGUAUGUUUGUAAGGUGUAACUGGUCAAUAGAUAUAAGCCAAUAAAUUGUGUAAAUCAUUCAAAUCGAGCGAUAUUCGGUAUGAUAUAUCAUGUCAAGUAGACAUUAAGAGAUGUAUUUUAUUUAUAUAUACACCAAAAAUCUAUUUACCUGGAUAUACAAUAUAUAAUUUUCAGGUUAUUUAUAUGAUAAUUUAUGUUGUAUAAUAUAUUGGAUUAUUCUUACAAAAGUUAAAAAAAUAAUCUAUGUACAGUUAAAAAUAUGUAUGGCUGUGGUAAAUAAUCUGAUAUAUAUAUUAUCAGAUAAAAAUAGAGGAUUAUAAAGUAUAUGGUAUUGUUUGUAGUAUUGUAUGGGUUUUGUUGAGAAAAUAUACGUUAAUUUAUGUUGAAAUUUGAAUCUCUACCACGUUAAAAUCACUUUAUAAAUACGGUAAUAAGUUACAUUUAAAGAGCUUUAUCUUAAUAAAUAAAUUAUGAGUUACCAAACUAAUUAAUUAUUCGAAUAAUAUAUAAAAAUGUAUAAUAGUCUUUAUAAUGUACUUCCCUUCCACCAGUACGGUGAGGGAAAUAAAACGUCUUUAUCUCAAUAAUACUCCUCUGAAUAUUCCCUCUAUGGUGAUAAAUGACGGAGCAUAAUACUCCUCUAGUUCAAAUUUUGAGAAUAAUACUGAUAAGAAAAAAUCAGAGACUAAUGGAUUUUAAAGAAGAAUAUAGUUAAAUGGAUCGAUGAUUCCAAAAACUCUCAUUCCAUAGAAUCUGUAUGAUGAUAAAUCAAAUUCUAGAAGAGUACCUACUGCAGCACGAUAAAUUACGUUCAAUAUUUAUGGCUCAAACCGUGAAUUUGAUUUAUUUAUUUAUUCUUGGACUCUGUGACUCUUCAAUUAUUUUCGUACAAUGAAUGAAUCUCUUCAUCAGUUCACAAAGAUUGAGUAACAUUAAGUAAAAAUAUCUCAAUUGAAUUGAUCUUAUUUAUCACCCAUCUGUAAGUAAUCCUUCACAUCAAAACAGAAUUCAAAUAAGUAUAACCCUUCCAGAGCUGGAUACUAUUCUUCAAAUGAAAUUUGAAAGGAUAGUAUCAAUGAAUCAGACGAAUGUUUUAUUUCUGAAUAGAGACUAAUAUUAUUGGAUGACAGGCUAUACUCUUCAUAUUGUAUAUAUUCAUUAUUAUACUCAUCACAAUGGCAUAGAUAACAGUUUUCGAGUAAAAGUGAUCUUGCGUUCAUUGUAUUUGAAAUGAAUAAAUGAAUUUGAAAACAGUUGUAUCAGUUACAUUAUCUCAAAAACACACGAUAUAACAUGGAUUAUGUUAUAGAGAUAUGUGUGAUUGUAAAAUAAGCACUGAGUUUUGCAUGAAAUAUUGAACUAUUGUAAUGUUGAUAAAAAAUUUUCGUUGAAUAAAGUUUAUUGUAAUUUUUAA